CUGGAAUGCUGGAAUCUUCAAUUUUUCACUCCCUAGGCCCUUUGUGAUCUUGAAGCCUCGCCUGAAGCACCGCCUACAGAGCUGCACACUCGACACUAUUUUAAGAUGUUUGCUGUCAAACUACGCUCACUUUUUCUCCCCAAGACAUCGCUGGCAGGACCUUUAGUCAGAGGAAGGUUCCUACUAAGCAACAGUCAAGGCUCCAGCAGAUGUUGGAUAGCAGCAAGGACUCUGACCACCACUUCACAUUCUGUUCAAGUCCAAUCUAAGAGCAGCUUCCCGUGCCAACCGUCGUCACGCUCAGUUCGGAAAAUUUGGAAUACUCCAUGUCUCUGGUCUGACUACCAAAUUGUCAUCACCCCUCCCUUUGCGGAGUCCAUAACGGAGGGAGACGUCAAAUGGGAAAAAGAGGUUGGUGACUCAGUGGCAGUGGAUGAAGUUAUUGCUGAGAUUGAAACAGACAAAACAGCAAUCCCGGUGCUCUCCUCAGUGACUGGAGUGAUAGAAGAGCUCUUUGUGCCAGACGGGGAAAAGGUGCUUGCCAACACUGAGCUGUGUAAGAUCAAAAUAAGUGAGACCUUAGGGGAGGCACCAGCUCUACAAACCACUACCCAGCAGCCCCCACCACCAUUACAACCUUCACAAUCUCCACUGCCUGCACCAUCACAACCCGAGUUACCCACUCAUGCUUCCAUCCCGACUAUUCUGCCACCUAUACCACCAUUGCCUAACCAACCAUUUGGUGAGGUUCCAAACCCACCGCCCCCAGCACCUAGAGCCAGUGCAGAGCUACACUCAAGCACUAGGAGUGAGAAAAGAGUGAAGAUGUCUCGUAUGAGGCACCGUAUAGCACAAAGGCUGAAGGAGGCGCAAAACACCAACGCCAUGCUCACCACCUUCAAUGAAGUGGACAUGAGUAACGUUAUUGAAAUGAGAAAUACACAUAAGGAGGCAUUUCUGAAGAAGCAUGGAGUUAAACUCGGUUUCAUGUCUCCCUUCAUCAGAGCUGCCUGUUUCUCUCUCCAAGACCAGCCUAUAGUCAAUGCAGUGAUUGACGAUGGAAACAUCGUUUACAGGGAUUACGUAGACAUCAGUGUAGCAGUGGCUACUCCCAAGGGUCUUGUGGUACCUGUGCUGAGAAAUGUUGGGACAAUGAACUACGCUGACAUUGAAAUUGGAGUAAAUGAACUAGGACUCAAGGCUCGUGAUGGUACACUUGCCAUAGAGGACAUGGACGGAGGUACAUUCACUAUCAGCAAUGGUGGAGUGUUUGGCUCCAUGUUUGGGACGCCCAUCAUCAACCCCCCACAAUCAGCCAUAUUGGGUAUGCACGCUACCAUACAGAGACCAGUGGCCAUUAAUGGCAAGGUUGAGAUCAGGCCUAUGAUGUACGUGGCACUAACGUAUGACCAUCGGUUGAUUGAUGGUAGAGAGGCUGUUCUCUUCCUGAAGAAGAUCAAAUCAGCUGUAGAAGACCCUCGUGUGAUUUUGUUAGGCGUGUAGACACUUAACUAUAAAAGUUUUGUUAUUGUGUGUGCUGCAGAGUUCUAGUUAGUUAUAAGGUGCCACUUUUACUUCGUUGUGUACUCAAGUUAGCAACAGCAUCAUUCCUUUAGUAAUAAACUUG